GCCUGCUGGCUGGGGAGCAACGACGUGAGCGAUCCCCUGGACCCCGUAGCACCUGGUGGCUAUGCUAACAAACCAAGGGCUGGCUGGAAUGGCCCAGGACGACCUAGACCAGUUCAUUCACCUCUCAGAGACCUUCUCUACGUUGUCUCCUGGCUGGGAGACAAAGCAGGGUCUGGUAUCAGUCACCUUAUGGUGCUAGUGCCCCUGCUCUAGUUCUAAUUACAUCUUUCAGAAAAUCUUAUCUGGCUGUUAAUGCACACUACAGAUAUUGCACAUAUGGCCAGAAAAUGUACUCUUGAAGUUAAGUAGAAGGAGAUUCCCUAAAAUCGUCAGACAAUGGCACAUGGCCAUGUGCAUUGUGCGUAUCAACAACACAAUAUGUGGUGAUUGAUUUGAACCAACUGGCUCAUGAAAGGGGGCAUAGCCCUCUGAGUCUGAUCUACGUCAGAUGAAACACAAUCACAACAUCACCUGACUUUCUUUCUCUCCUUUCUCUCCUAAACCAGGAGAUAAAUAACUUCUUGUCAUUGCUAAGCGUUGGCUUGCAGUGGAGAGGGCAGCUGUCUCCAGACGGUCUCUGUCCUCCCGCCCCCGUCUCCCCCUACAGGACACUUCAUGUGGGGUGUCAUGCAGGGGGACGCAAGUCUGGGAUUAGCUCGUUAGGGCCCAGCUCUUUGAUCUGCGGCAAUCUAUCCCCUUUCUAUGGCAACUCGAUCACAUUCAAACCUAGUCUGGACAUACAUGCCACAUACGACACACAUACUACACAUAGGUGCACAUUUGUACAUAGAUACCCACCUCAACACACAUAAACACUUUCACACACACAACCUACUUAUCAUGGACACAAAGGAACACACACUUAAACGCACGCACACAAUCACACACACACACACACACACACACACACACACACACACACACACACACACACACACACACACACACACACACACACACACACACAAACAUACACACCCACACACAUCUUAAACACACACACAAACAAACACACACACACACACACACACACACAAACAAACACACACUAAAACACACACAAACAUGAACACACACACUUAAUACCAACCAUCCCACACACACGCAGUACUACUCUAUUGUCACAUUCUAAAACAAACACACACACACACACUCACACACACACACACACACACACACACACACACACACACACACACACACACACACACACACACACACACACACACACACACACACACACACACACACACACAAACAUACACACCCACACACAUCUUAAACACACACACAAACAAACACACACACACACACAAACAAACACACACUAAAACACACACAAACAUGAACACACACACUUAAUACCAACCAUCCCACACACACGCAGUACUAUAUAGUCACAUUCUAAAACAAACACACACACACACACACACACACACACACACACACACACACACACACACACACACACACACACACACACACACACACACACACACACACACACACUGACCCUAAGGCUCCGGGGAAAAGGCCCAACAGAGAUGUGAAGUGUAGAUGUGCAGCAACAGCUAAACGUCGGGUCAGAUUUCUGGGGACUGGUGCUAAAUUUAACCCUGUGAUCCCGCAGCAGGCACAGGGGUUUAAAUGCCAGCCUACAGUUGCUCCGCACCAGUUGUUCUCCUUGUGUCUUCCUCUCAUCACUAACUCAAGCCGGGACAAGGAGAGGCAGCCCUUACACACACCCACACCCAAACACAACCACAGGCGUGCACACAGGCGUACAUUUGCCCACUCGUCCCCCAACACACUCGCCCAGCUCACGCGGGACCAAACGGACCCAAGCAGGGGAAGCAGGACUCCCCAUCCCGUCCCCGGCUAGCGCCUCACACCUCAGAGACCCCCCCCCCCCCCCCCCCUACCGGGCGAACCCUCCAGCAUGGAGCUUUUCGAGACCAACCCGUACUUCUUCCCCGACCAGCGCUUCUACGACGGAGGGGACUCCUACUACCCCUCGCGCCUGCAGGGGGGGUACGACCAGGCGGGCUACCAGGACCGGAGCUCCAUGAUGGGGCUGUGCGGGGCGGGCCUGGCCGGCGGCGUGGGCGUAGGCGGUGGCGGCGUGGGCCUGGGGGGCGGCAUCCCGGCGGGCAUGGAGGACAAGCCCUCUCCCUCCAGCCUGUCGCCCGACUCGGAGCCCCAGUGUCCGGGCCAGUGCCUGCCCUGGGCCUGCAAGCUGUGCAAGCGCAAGACGGUCACCAUGGACCGGCGGAAAGCGGCCACGCUCAGGGAGAAGCGGCGGCUGAAGAAGGUGAACGAGGCGUUCGAGGCGCUGAAGAGGAGCACCCUGAUGAACCCCAACCAGCGGCUGCCCAAGGUGGAGAUCCUGCGCAGCGCCAUCCAGUACAUCGAGAGGCUGCAGGCGCUGGUCUCCUCGCUCAACCAGCAGGACGGAGAGGCGGCGGGCCUGCAGGGAGGCCAGUUCCGGCCCAACGGCACCGGGCCCAGGGUGUCGUCGUCAAGCGAGCCCAGCUCAGGCAGCACCUGCUGUAGCAGCCCGGAGUGGAGCAGCACGCCGGAGCAGUGUGUACAAAGUUACAGCAAUGAGGAACUUCUCGGGGUGGCUGAGUCCCCAGAUCAGGGGAACAUGCGCUCUCUCACCUCCAUCAUGGACAGCAUCUCAGCAGUAGAGGGGACCGUGACCUACCCAGUGGUGCCUCUUGACAUUCCCAAGUAACCCCCCCCCCCACCCGCAGUACUCCCACAGACAAAAUCUGACAGAACUGGAGAUUUUCAAUUUCGAGAAGAAAGGAAGAUAAAAAGGAUGGUCGACCACCGACGACAAUAAACCCAUCAGCAGAUUUCCAACUCCAGCUUUCUCUAUCCUUCCGCUCUUCUUCUUUCCAAGGGGUUUCGUCUUUCGUGUCAUGCCACUUGCUGUUCAUUUUGUUUUUAUUUUAUUCAUAAUUUCCAAUAUGUCUGAUAGACAGAAGCGAAUUCCUCUUAAAUUGUUCCUAACCAGCGGUCCAUGUGUUCCUGAGACCCCCACGCCCCCCUGCAUGACGACACACCGUUAGUGACCACAGUGGGUCUGUUUGAUGUAGCAACCUUAGAAGCCUUUCUUUUAUUUUCUACCUGUUUUCUAACCUUAUUUAAAGAAAUGUUUCUUUUCCGACAGCUUCCCUGAUAUGUUGUGUUCUCUUUUGUGUGUGUGUGCGCUUUAGGCUUAAAAACGUUGAGUUAAUUUGUGGGGCCAAUAUGUACCAUGGCGGUUUUGACCAAGAUUUGCUUAAUUUAAACUGGUUAUGAUGUAAAUACGUUCCCUUUUUUACAGAGUGGUUUUGCUAUUUUAUUUUCUAUUUUUUGCUAACUUAUUUUUCUCAUCUUUUAUAAACUAAGAUUGUUGUGUAUUUGUAGAUGUUUCCAAAGUGAUAUUUUCCGUUCAAUUAUUGCAAUUAAACUAUUUCCAAUA